AACUUGAUAUAAGUUCAAUUCAGCGUUGCAUUUGACACAAGCAGUGUGAAUUUUAUUACAUAAUUUUAAUAGACUUGUUCAAUAUUUAUUUAAUUCAGUGUUUAGCAGUAUUACCGUUUGUAUGAUUAACUGGAUUUAUUUUUACUAUAUUAGCGCAACUUAAAAAUGGUACAACAGCAAGUUCGCUCCACAAAUAUUUUCUUCGUUAUUCUAGUCUUGGAAGUUCUAGUCAUUCAUGGAUCUCAUUCAUCCCCUAAUGAUAGUUUAGUUGUUACAACGAAUUAUGGAAAGUUGAAGGGAACGCUUGAAAGUUCGAGGUCCAACAGAAGCUUUUGCGCGUUCAAAGGGAUACCGUACGCCAAGCCGCCAGUUGGCAAUCUCAGAUUUAGGGCCCCUGUUGCCCCAGACUCUUGGACAAACGUGCGAGAUGCCAGUAAAGAUGCCUCAAUGUGUAUUCAAAAAAAUUACUUGUUUUACGAAAAUCCGCCAGUAGAGGGAAAGGAAGACUGUCUUUAUCUAAACGUUUACACGCCACAGGUAUGUGACACAUUUUCUCACUUGCAUUGUAAAGCUGACUGUAACUUGAAGUGUGCGAGGACAUCAGUUUUCCAAAGUCGUCGUACAUUACUACCGGUUAUGGUAUUUAUUCACUAUGGCGCGUUUUUCGGGGGAACUGGACGUAGUGAUUACUUGGGUCCCGAAUUUUUUAUGGACAGGAAGGUUGUACUAGUUACGUUUAAUUAUCGUCUAGGUGCAUUUGGUUUUUUAAGCACGAACGAUGAUGCGUCCCCAGGUAAUUGGGGCUUGAAGGAUCAGGUCGCCGCGUUGCAGUGGGUGCACGAAAAUAUAAUUUUCUUUGGAGGAAACAAUCAAAAAGUUACAAUAUUCGGACAAAGCGCCGGUGCGGGAAGCGUUCACUAUCACAUGCUAAGUCCAACGACAAAACAUUUGUUUAGCAAGGCCAUAUCUCAGAGUGGGUCUACGCUUUCGCUGUGGGGACGACCUGCGAAUGAAUUGCAAGCCCAAAUCGCCAAACAGCAAGCGACGUUUGUUGGUUGUGAUGCCGGUACGGAUUCCAACACCAUGGUGUCGUGUUUGAGAAAUGUUGACGCGGAAAAGUUGGCUGAUUCCGUGGAAAAGUUUAAGUACUUUUCAUCAGAGCCGUUUUUGUUAUACGCGCCGGUAACGGAAAGGCGCACAGCCUUGAACCCUAAACCUUACAUAACCGAAGAUCCCUUAGAUAUUAUUAAAAGUGGACGGAUGCGUAAAGUUCCUUGGAUUCUUGGUGUUGUGGCCGAUGAAGGGAUCCUAAGGGCAUCACCGUUGUUACGACAAUCCAGUGUUUUGUCGGAACUGAACAGCAACUUUCUCGUUUUAGCACCGCAAAUGUUCGCCCUUUCACUAAGUAUCCCGGAUGAUAAUGUAAAAAAUGUCUUGAAUAAAAUCAACGAUUUUUACAUUGGAACCAAUUUCAUAAACAUUACUCAGCCCGAAAGUGUCCAAGGGUUUAUAGAUUUAUACAGUGAUAGAUCGUUCGUUUAUGGUUCAUACCAGUCAGCGUUGCUACACGCAUGGAAGGGACACACUCCCAUAUGGUUUUACAACUUUGCCUACAAAGGACAAAACAGCUACGAACCAAACUUCGCCGCAACAAACGAGGAAAUUCCUUUCAAGUGGGGUAUUAGCCACUGUGAUGAUCUAAUUUACCUGUUUCCUUCGAAGAGAUUUUUCCCGCGGUUAUCUGCACCGCACGAUCAACAAAUGAGUAAGAUAAUGAUAAAGAUGUGGGUUAACUUCGCCACCUAUGGGGAUCCGACGCCGUUAAGCGACCCUGGUGCAUCACGAUGGCGUUCUCUGCAGAAUUUAGAAGGACGCUCGACCGUGAGAAACUCAGAUUUGAUCUAUCUGAACAUCUCAGGAUCGUUUAAGAAUGGCAUACGCGACGGUAUCCGUUUUGAAAUUAUGAAUUCGUUUUAUCCGGAAAGAAUGCGAUUUUGGCAAAGUUUGCCUUUAUGGGAAAAUAUUGACGGUUUGCAAUAGGUGUCAUCAAAAUGUGCGUCGUGUACUUCUGUACCUAAUCUCAUAUUUAUUUAAAUAAAAAGUCUAUCGUAUGCAA